AGGCCGGCCACCUGCGUGCACCUACCACAUCACCUAGUGCCAGCGCAUCCACGCAUAUCCAAUAGAUUGGGUCGCAUCCAAGCCUACCUCAUCGCGGCUACCCAAGUGACGAAAGACCCUCCCAACGCGUUGUGCCCUAUACCAGUCAACCAUCCCACCCUUCAUCUCGAAGCACAGGACAAUCUAACAACGGGUGCCAUAAGGGUUAUAAUUAUACAGAGAUCUUACGCCACGGAUUUAACAGCAGUUAUCGAAUUGGAAGCUUCAACUCAGACGGCUUCCUAAGAUCGAAGGAAGCAGGGAUAUCGAAGCUCGAAGACUGCAAGCUUCUCGCCGCCAGUUCGCGCGCCAUCCAUCGCCAAUAAUGAUGGACUACGCGCAAUAUCAGCAACCACCACAGACGGCGCAUUCUGGUUACACGAGCUCAGGUGCUGGAAAUAACAUCACAUCUCCUACAAGUCACAGCUUACACCAGCACGGUGUUCAAACCUCACCUAUCCUUCCCUCGCAACAUCAAACUUCGGCACCCGGACAAGGACACAAUAUGUAUCAGACACAGUACGGCGUACCUCAACAGAGCAUGCAUUAUGGCAUCCAGGCCGCUGCGAUGGCCGCAACCGCUGCUGCAGCUGGUGGAACGGGAUACUCCAGCUACAUGCCGCCCGACCCCAAUAUGACACAAAGCUCACCGAGGAUGGCUGCCGGUUCGAAGAAAGAAACCCGGGAUCCUCGCUCGCCGCAGCAGAUGAAUAGUGUUAACCAGCUUAGUCAACGACGAAUGAGCCAAGUCACGAGUCCAGGAGUACCCAAUGCGCCUAUGAUGAAUCACACGGGCCCUCGCUCAGGCGUCGCCCCUCCUAUGCCACCAGGCCAGACGAUGCAGCCUCCGCAAUCCCCAGAAAUGGCAGCUGGCGUUGAAGAGUCGCCACUCUAUGUCAACGCCAAACAAUUUCACCGCAUAUUAAAAAGACGAGUCGCCCGUCAGCGCUUAGAAGAGGCCUUACGCUUGACAAGCAAAGGCCGAAAACCAUAUUUACAUGAAUCUCGACAUAAUCAUGCCAUGCGUCGACCUAGGGGUCCUGGCGGCCGUUUCCUUACUGCGGAAGAAGUCGCCGAGAUUGAGCGUAAUAAAGCUGCUGGGGAGGACAAAGAUGGCACCAGCGGAGAACCAGCCGAUGCUAAAGUUGGCUCAAAGAGGAAAUCUGAAGCAAAUUCAACAACACCCAAUAAAAAGGCCAAGACUACAGCUACAGAAAGCCCCGAGGAUGAAGAAGAGGAAGACGCUGAGGACGACAGCUAGUACAGGUGGCCUUGUGCCACACCAACAUUUGCUUUGUCAGCCAUCACGAUGUUACGACUUGUUUGAUUCUUGCUGCCUAUACCAUUUCUUAUCUGGCUCUUCUCGGGGAGAUGGGAAUCAUGGGAGGGAGUCAUUCGGAAACGACGGAGCGUUGUUUUUAUACUGCUUUUGAAAGGAAUAAGCCGACGCGAGUUGGUCUUUUCUCUCGUAUAUGGGACCAGGUUUCCCCGUGGUGUUUCAACAGCAUGUCGGCAGGCGCCGGGACAUUCGCUCUCGAUCUUUUCCUAAACAUUUUCCCCAUCGCUCGCGCGAUAUGUUCCGCCUCUCUACUUCAUAUUCGUUUAAUUUUGUUGCAUAGUGUCGAGACCCUGUGGGUAGGUUGGUAAGAAGCAAGAUUGCAGGAUGAAA